AUGAAGAAAAUUGCUCAGGCCGAGUUUUGUCAGAAUUGUUGGGUUGAGUCUAUGCAUUCAAGGCUGUUAUUGAGCAGCAACAAGGGAGAGUUCUUGAAUGAGAAGUUUCUUGAGGAGUACCUAAUAUCAAGAGAAAAAAGAAAGGGUCACAUAUACCAUUUAACCAUGUCCAAUAAUCCGAUAUUGGGGCAUGCUGUCUGCAUACCAUACCCAGCUCAAGGUCACAUAAACCCUAUGUUGAAGCUGGCCAAGAUCCUCCACGCUCGAGGCUUCUACAUCACCUUCGUCAACACCGAGUUCAACCACCGCCGCCUCCUCAAAUCUCGGGGACCGAAUUCCCUCGACGGUCUCAGCACUUUUCGAUUCGAGACUAUCCCUGAUGGAUUGCCUGAGACCGACAAUAUCGAUGCCACUCAGGAUAUUCCUUCUAUCAGUAAAUCAACCACGAAUACAUGUUUGGGUCCAUUUAAAGAUUUGCUCUCAAGGCUCACUGCUCCGCCGGUGACGUGUAUAGUCUCAGACGGUGCCAUGAGCUUUACUGUCGAUGCGGCGGAGGAGUUGAGCCUUCCCGAGAUCAUUUUCUGGACGACUAGUGCAUCCGGAUUAUUGGGUUACCUUCAAUAUUACAAAUUGAGGAACAAGGGCUAUACUCCCUUCAAAGAUGAGAGUUAUAUUGGAAAUGGUUAUUUGAAUACGGCAUUAAUCGAGGAUAUCCCUGCUGGAAUGGAAGGCAUUCGAUUGAAAGACUUUCCCAGCUUCAUCCGAACUACAGAUCCAAAUGACUUCAUGUUCAGCUUCAUCGUUAAAGAAACAAACAGAGCAAAACGAGCCUCAGCCAUUGUUCUCAACACCUUCGACAAACUCGAGUACGACGUGCUUCAAUCUAUCUCGAACAUCCUCCCACCGCCGAUAUACACCAUCGGCCCUCUCCAUCUCUGCAAAAAUGACGAAGCUCUCAGUUCUCUGGAUUCCAAUCUAUGGAAAGAGGAAACAGAGUGCCUAGAUUGGCUUGAAACCAAACAACCCAAUUCAGUCGUCUACGUUAACUUUGGAAGCAUAACCGUGAUGACUGCCCAUCACUUAAUUGAGUUCGCAUGGGGAUUGGCUAAUACCCAGAAACCGUUUCUUUGGAUCAUAAGACCCGACAUCGUGGCCGGAGAUGAAGCAAUCUUGCCGGCGGAGUUCUUAGAGGAGACUAAGGAAAGAGGUAUAAUGGCGAGUUGGUGCCCGCAGGAAAAGGUAUUGGCUCAUCAAGGGAUUGGGGCUUUUCUGACCCACAGCGGAUGGAAUUCGACUAUUGAGAGUAUUUCUUAUGGAGUCCCGAUGAUAUGCUGGCCUUUUUUCGCAGAGCAACCUACGAAUUGUUGGUAUUGCUGUGAGAAAUGGGGGAUAGCGAAGGAGAUGGACUGCGAUGUGAAGAGGGAAAAUGUGGAGGGAUUGGUUAGAGGAUUGAUGGAUGGAGAAGAAGGAAAGAAGAUGAAAGAUAAAACAAUGGAGUGGAAGAAGAUGGCGGAGGAAGCCGUUGGGGAUGGCGGUUCUUCAUAUGGAAAUCUUGACAAGCUGAUUCAACAAGUGCUUCUCCCUUCAAGAGAUUAUUAG